UCAGGCGUCAGCUCCCUCGCUCUCUGCCCUUCUUUAAAACCCCCACUCCCAUUGCUUCUUUAUCUAACAUUCAAAUCCCAUCCACUAACAUAUUCUCCGAUUGGCCAGCCAUGGAUGUAUCUGACUACACCUACUUGACGACCAGGAAGAGGCAUGUCCCGGCGUUUGGGAACUGGGACUGUAACCAAGACUUCCCCAUCCCCUUCACCCAGUGCUUCGAAUCCGCCACCCAGGCCGGCCUGCUCCCGGGGGAUUUGUACGUCGCCGGCGAUCUCUACGACAACCAUAUCCUCACUCCGGCCAUGAUUGUCGUCCCCCGCCGUAAGGGAAAAGCCCAAUCGUACAACAAUGUAGGCGGCGGCGGCGGCGGCGGAGGGAAAGGCCUAGAGGGAAGAAAAGAUGCAUGGGUGGUCUGCGACUGCGACUGCGAUAACGCGCCGCCGCCUCCUCCUCCUCCGCCCAAACGCGCACCUAAGGCCGUCGACGAAGAUCUCUACAAGAUUUCUCCCGACCUCCUCUACUCUAAACCCAAACAGAGGAGGGUAUGGGGAUUUCUGUUAAGUUGCCUGCGACCUUGUUCUUGUGCAUGAUGAAGCAGAAGGGGUGGUGGGGUGAAAGAGAUGUACAGUUUCAAGAAUUUAUGGGGGAAACCAGACAGGAUGGUUUAUCAUCAUUAUUAAAAUGAUGAUGGGCAUAAUGAUGGUGUGAUGGAUUCAAAAGUGUGUAAUUUUUGUUGGAAGUUGAUACUAAUGUUUUGCCCAGUUACCUUAGUUAUAAUAUAUAUAUAUAUGGGUAUCUCAGUAUGUAGUAGUAAUGUGAGAGAGAGAGAGAGAAAGGAACAGUUUGGGGGGUGAAUGUAGCAGAGAAAAGUUGAUGGUGUUUCUUGUGAUGAACAGUAAAUGAAAGGUGGUUUCU